AUGGGCCACCUGCUGUCAUUGCUGACCUCUCUCCUCUCCGCCGCUGCCUCGCGCUUUCUGGCAGCUGCCCUCCUGCUGGGAACUGCAGCCUAUCUCUACUUUUGGCCGAUACGGCGAUACUUUUCCCACCACCGCAACUUGCCUGGCCCAUACUCAUCCAGUGUCUUCUGGGGUGCCCUGCCAUACGUUUACUCCUUUCCCCACCCAACCACAGCAUACCAGAACUGGCUCACCACAUACGGUCCGACCUUCCAGUACCCCAUCCUCCUCGGCAACUCGCGCAUCAUCACUGCUGAUCUCGCCGCCAUCUCUUACAUUCUCUCCCACCCUGCCACUUUCCCCAAACCAGUCCAUGUCAGAGCAGCGCUUCGAGAGAUGAUUGGAGACGGGCUGGUCUCGGAGGAGGGUGAUGUUCACAAAAGAACGAGAAAGAUUCUGAACCCAAGUUUGGGCCCAGCGGCUGUACGAAAGAUGGUACCUAUCUUUUACGAGAAAUCUCGCGAGCUGGCUGAGAGAUUGUCCUCUGAUCUUGAUGACCAGAGGGACAACAGAAUCAACAUUCUAUGGUACAUCAGCAGGGCCACGCUCGAUAUGAUGGGAGUUGCGCAAUUCGACCACGAUUUCCAUGCUCUCAGAGGAGAAGCAGAGGAGAUGGUUGAUGCUUAUACGGGCAUGUUUCAAGUUGGGACAGGGGUGUCUGUGAUGACUGUAUUGCAAUUUUUGCUACCUGUCUUCAAGAGAAUUCCCACCAACCGCACCGCAGUUCUUGAUCGAAGCUUGCGCACGGCGAGAAAGUUUGGGAGAAAGAUCAUCAGGGAAAAGAGAGACAAUUUACGAUCUUUUGACCUGGAAAAGGAUCAUGACCAAGACAUUGGGCUUUUGGCGUCUAUGCGUGAGGUGCAGUCACUCAAGGACAUUACUGACAAAGUGACAGUAAAAAAUCAGGCAGCUUCCUGUCCAGAAGAAAGGCUCACAGAUGAGGAGAUUCUAGACCAAGUGAACACUUUCAUGUUGGCGGGAUACGAAACAACUUCGACGGCGCUCUGCUGGUGCAUCUAUUUACUUGCAAAACACCCGGAAAUUCAAGACCGGCUACGUCAAGAGCUUCUGGAGAUCUCAGAGCAGCAGUCAGAUAUGCAAGUAGUCGCUUUUGGCUCUUGGGCAUUACUCAUGAUGGUUGCUAGCGACACACUCAACGCGCUCCCAUACCUCGAUGCCGUGAUCAAAGAAUCUUUACGAGUAUCCGCUCCCGUUCCGCUUGCUCUGCGCGAAGCCUCACAGGACAUCUCAAUACCCCUUAGCACACCUAUCACAGGCAAGGACGGUAAUCUCAUGGACAGGGUAGAGGUCGGGAAGGGCACGACGAUUCUGAUGCCCAUCAGUAACGCCAAUACCCAAUUCUCGAUAUGGGGACCCAGAGCUGAAGAGUUCCUCCCAUCCCGAUGGCUCAACCCCACACUAGAAACCUACCCGGAAAGCGCAAAGUCUGUCCCUGGGGUCUACUCCAACCUCCUGACCUUUUGGGGUGGCUCGCGAAGCUGCAUCGGCUUCCGUUUUGCACUGGCAGAAAUCAAAGUAAUGCUGUUCGUGUUGAUCAAGAGCUUUCGUUUUGAAGAAUUGGAGAACAAGCCGCUCAUUGAAAAGAAGUUUUCGUGA